AUGAUAAGCGAGCUUAAAGAAGAAGAAAACAUUUCAAGUCAUGGAUUUCUUGGAUCAUUAAAUGUUGAAUUUCAAAAAUGCCUUCGUUUAAGCGCGCUUUAUACGUGCUUUAAUCACAAGACUUCGGUGAAAACUGAGUUAAAAAGAAACAUUCCAGGAAAGUCGAAAGCAGACGAAAACAUUCGGGACUGGGUGCUGGAAAGCGUUCAUAUUUAUCAAUUUUCUUUUGAGUUGCGACAGAGGGAUUCGGUGAUAAUACUUUCAAUUCCUUUUGUACACUGUCAAAUGCAUUGGAAAACAUUGAAUUGA